AUGGCGGAUGUGAAUCAAACUUUAAUGCAUUAUUUACUUCUUCGAAGGCAUUUGAUUUUACUGCAUGCAUGUAGAGUAAGAUCCAUGAAAACAAAGCGAAAACGACAAAGAUUUUGGAUGCGUAAACUGUACGAGGAAAGAAAUGAGAAAGGAGAGUACAAUUUGCUGGUUAAAGACUUGCGAUUAUACGAUCAUGAAAUGUUUUUCAGAUAUUUCAGGAUGUUACCUGACACUUUUGAGACCUUGUUGGGGUAUAUUGCCCCGAUGAUGAGAAAGAAAGAGACAAAAAUGCGAGAACCAAUAAGUGUAGAUCAAAGACUUUUAGUCACUCUGCGAUAUUUGGCAACUGGGGAAGCUCAUACAACUAUCGCUGCCAAUUAUAGAAUGAGCUCAACGACUGUUGGUCGAAUUAACUACGAAACAUGCAACGCACUUUGGGACAAACUAAAGGAAAUGGGUUUCAUGAAAACACCUUGCACUGAGGGUGACUGGAAAAAAGUAUCUAAAGAUUUUGAAGAUCGAUGGAACUUUCCUAAUAUGCUGGGAGAAAUUGAUGGAAAGCAUGUGCAGAUGUUUGCUUCUGCUGGACAGGCAUUGAGUUUUUUUAAUUACAAAAAGACUCAUAGCAUUGUUUUGUUGGGAGUUAGUGAUGCAAAUUAUAGAUUCACACUGGUUGAUAUUGGUGAUAGUGGGCGGCAAAGUGAUGGCAGCGUGUAUGCCAACAGCAAUCUUGGCUAUGCUAUUGAAAACAAGCUUCUCAACAUGCCCACAGAUGGCAAGAUUACCCAUUCAACGAAAGUACUACCCCACGUAUUUGUAGGGGAUGAUGCAUUUGGCCUAAAACGCCACAUGAUGAAGCCCUAUCCUUUUUCAAACCUGUCUGAGAGGAAACUAAUUUUCAAUUACAGGCUAAGCAGAGCCAGACGUGUCAUUGAAAAUGCUUUUGGUAUAUGUGCUAGUCGGUUUCGUGUGUUUCAUAGGCCUAUAGUUGCCAAAGUUGAUAAUGUGAUUGCCAUAACUAAAGCUGUUGUGGCAUUGCAUAACUUCCUUAUGAGCAUAAAUGAAGAUGACGAUUCAAAUCUAUACUGCCCACCAUCAUUUGCUGAUCAAGAUGGGCAAAUGGGUAAUGAGUUUAACCCUGGUGAGUGGCGACAAGAUGCAAAUUGUAUGAAUGGAUUGGGUGACAUUACAGAUGUUGGUGCAUCAAAUAACUAUGGUGCAGAAGCUAAGUGGGUUCGUGAACAAUUUGCUGAUUAUUUUAAUAAUGAAAGAGCAGUUGACUGGCAGUGGCAUAUAGUAAGGUGUUCAAAAUAA